AUGGAUUAUCCCAAAAUGGAUUAUUUUCUGGACGUUGAGUCUGCUCAUAGACUCUUGGAUGUGGAGUCAGCACAAAGAUUCUUCUACAGUCAAGGAGCUCAAGCUCGCCGGGCGACCCUGCUCCUGCCUCCCACAUUAAUGGCGGCUUCUUCGGAGGAUGACAUAGACCGGCGGCCCAUCAGAAGAGUCCGCUCCAAGAGCGACACGCCAUAUCUCGCAGAGGCCAGGAUCUCCUUUAACCUGGGGGCAGGAAGAAAAGAAAGUGUCAGUGGUAACAAUGACCCCAAGAAUCACCAGCAGGGUGGGGAUGCCGUGCGGCUAUGGGCGGAGGGGAUGGCAGGACUUCCUGGGUGA